AUUCAGCGCUCUGAUACGCGACAUGUGGACAUCCUCGGACGAAACGGAGCGGGUGCUCACCACCGCACCACUCAAGUCGAUGAUCCAACGGCUCGCGCCGCGCUUCAUGGGCUCCCAGCAGCAGGACGCGCAGGAAUUCCUCAGAUAUCUGCUGCAGGGACUUCACGAGGACGUGAACCGGGUGACGAGCCGGCCAAAGCCGAUCACGACCGACAUCGACGACUCACUGAGCGCCAGUCAAAAGUCAAUGGAGGCCUGGAAACGUUUCUUGCGCCUGGAAAACUCCAAGUUUGUUGACCUGUUCGUGGGCCAGCUCAAGGCUACCCUGCGGUGCACGGUAUGUGGCCACGCAUCGGUUACCUUCGACCCGUUCUGGGAUCUGAGUCUGCCAAUCCCGUCACGAAGUGGCCAGGUGCGCCUACAGGCCUGUUUUGACCUGUUCACCAAAGAGGAGGUGCUCGAUGGCGACGAAAAACCGACCUGCUCAAAGUGCCAGAAGCGCCAAAAGUGCAACAGAGGCCUCUCGAUCCAGAAGUUCCCUCGUAUCUUGGUGGUCCACCUGAAGCGGUUCUCGCCGCAGGAGAGGUUCCGCGGGAAGCUGAACACCACUGUCGACUUUUCGGUGAACGGCCUGGACCUGUCGCCCUACUCGGCCGGACAGACGCCCUGCCGGUACAGCCUAUACGGCGUGGCGAACCACUCUGGCACGCUGCUCUCAGGACAUUACACCGCUCACUGCCGACACCCGUACACGGCAGAGUGGUACGAGUACAACGACUCGCGGGUCCACGUGAUGGACCAGAGAAACGUCAACAGCGGAAAGGCUUACGUGCUGUUCUUUGAGCUGGCCGGCUCGAAACACCGCUCCGGCUCGACCCACGUCUAGUCAUCCAGUCACGGGAGAGGAGCCUGCGAUCGUCACCCGCUCGGGCCCUGUGUAGUCACACCGACCGGCGCACAUUCUGCUCGGACAACUCUAGCCAGCGGCCUAUUGUGAUUUGUGAUAUUGCGUGUAAGGUGUUGUGAAAAACCAGAACAGCCUUUGGAUCUCACUGAAAACAUUGGCAAU